UGCUGUGGGUGCCAGCUACUCCCACCGGUGGCCUCGGGGACUUGGCGUUCUCCGGCACAGGAAGUGUGGCUCCUGUGCCAGGACAGCCAAAGAUCAGAAGCAGGAGCUACUGCGGAGCAGUUCCUAAUUUUCGUGCCAGCAGCCAGGCCAGUAGCUCUUAAAAUGGGGCCCUUGGGACUUGUGCCAGUCCUGGUACUAUUCAUCCUCCUGGGGAGAGUUCAGGAGCCUGAGCUGGUUGAGGGGUUGCUUGGCAAGAAGUGUCCCGAAAACAAACCACUAUGCAGUUUCAAAGAAAUCGACCACUGUGGAAGGAAAAAACGUUGCUCGGGGAAGAUGAAGUGUUGCAAGUUUAACUGUGCGAAGAAAUGUGUAGACCCCGAUGAAGACGUAUGCAGUUUGCCCAAGGAAGUUGGCCUCUGCCUGGCCCUCAUUCCACGCUGGUGGUACAACAAGGAAACCAAACGUUGCUCCAAAUUCACCUAUGGUGGUUGUGCUGGAAACAACAACAACUUCCAGUCUGAAGCUGUCUGCAGGUCCAUCUGCCCAGAUGUGUAGUCACCAACUCCCUGGGCAGGAUAAAGAGAAGUAGAACAACUUCCAGAACUUGGUUGUAAUCCAGGGUUCUCUCCAUGUGUGCCUGACUGAUGCUUCUUAUUGGCUUCCUCAGCUGCCAAGACAUUGGCUUCUCCAAAACCGAACCCCCGCAUUUGCUUACUCUCUUUCCUCCAGCUCAGCUUCUUUCCAAACAUAAUGCCCUUUACCCUUUGGCCCUUUCUCAGUGUGAGAUCCUAUCUCUUCAACUCUCGGGGCCCCCAUGUAUCUUUCGGAAGCCACCAGUUUCCGCAAUAAAGUUUUCUGUGAGGUCUGGU